AUGGACGCUGGCGGUCUUGCUCACUUGACACACAAUUCUUUGAAUGGUGGCUCUCUCGGUGUUCCUGGUACUGGCUUUGCUUCUCGUGGAAAAGGGUCUCAUAUCAAGCGUUUGAGCGUUCCCCCUCAAAUCUCGACAAUAGAUGAAACGACACCAUCUACCGCCGCCGCUACUCCCCGGACAAGUCGCUCCCAUCUUCUCGCUGGGUUGAGGACUGCUCCGAAGUCUGCAACUAUUCCAUCUCACCACCAGCAUCCUCAGGGCCGUGGCCGAGCCGGUCUAGAAGGCAGUCGCUAUGCUGUCUCUAACCGAGGUGGCGAGCGAGUCCCUCAGACUGCUAUUGGCGCCAACUUUUCGCAUAACUCGUACGGGUUGGAUCCACACAACACAAAUAUGGGACUGAAUACGAAUCGCCCUAUGUACUCUCUUCCGGAACAGGUUUUAGCGCCCCCCGCUAUCGAUCUUGGGGAUGGUGAAGGAAUGGAUGAGAAGUUGUAUGCGGAACUGAUGUCUACCAAUCUGUUCCUCGCUGCCCAGCAGCAACGUCUUCAACAACAGCUUCUCAGUGUUACUGCUGCGGCUCAACAGUUUCAGAACUUGAGUCUCGGCGGAGGAACGCCACUCAAUCAACAAUUCCAGCAGCAGCAGCAACAAUCGUACGUUCCAGGAAUGAGUUUGUACCAGCAACAAUUGCAGCAAGGCAUGCAGCCCGUUGUUCAACCUGUCCUGGGCCAACCUGGUCUGUAUUCAGUGUACAAUCCAAUGACCGGACAACAAAGCUUUGUUUAUGACAACAACGCCACUUUUCCACUGGAUGAGGAUUCACUUCCAUCGUAUCAAGAAUCAUUGCAGUCACCCACUGGUAACCCCCCACCACCUUUCCACGCCGAAGUUUCUCCUCCCGCAGAGCUCAAACGGUCUCCGGCCCACAGUUCUCCCCGCUCUGUAUCCCCUAAAAAUGCCACUCCCUCUCCACCUCUGGAUGUUGCACCACUUCCGCCACCUUCUGCCAAUGCUUUUCGACGCGGUAGUCAUAAGAAGACUCCCUCUUUUGCCCCUGGUUUGAGGACAAACACCGACGUUGCACGCACAGGUGGCGGCCCAGGGCCACGAUCUGCUGGGUUUCCACAGACCCCCAUGACCGGUACUUUUGGACCUGGUCAGGGACGUGCUGGUGAACAUCCUACUCGCCAGCCUCGUGGUCCUCCAUCUCUUGAGGAACUUGUCGCUAAGCCUACUUCCAAGUACGAGGGUAGCAAGAAUUUCGCUACUCGUCAACGGCGCCGUGCCGUCCAUAAUUUGGUCCGUGCAGGGAUUGAGCGACGUGGAGAGUCGAGGAGUAACCCUGGUAGUGGUGGCAGCAACACUCCGGCCAGUGAGACUGAGUUUAUUUUCUCUGUCUCUGAUGAAGACGAUAGUAGUCGUGGAAGCGGCAGUCUUUCUAGCAAGCCUAGUCUCGGCAGCCUUCGUGCUUUCGCUAAUGGUGCCAUUGGAUCUGAAAUGAAAGGAAAGGAUCGUUCGCGCGAGCGAAAUCAACCCGAGAAUCUGUACAUACACCCGACUGCUACCGCUAGCGACGAAGCAUUCUCGAGUAUGAUGUCUCCCAUGGACCCACCUUCUACUGCUGCUAUUGUUGCUGGUCAUCGAUCUGUUUCCCAGAAUACCGAGCGGCGAAAGACCCCUAUGCUGGUGCUCUCCAGUGCUGAGAAGCGCAAGAGCCCGAUUGUCUAA